CGAGCUCUCUUGAAAAGAAUCCCCCAUCCAUGAUUCUCACCCCGGCUCAUAAUCUGGUCACCUUGAGGCCGUGUGUCUUAUUGUGUGCUCCACUGACUGGCAAAACAAAUUCCUAUCCAAAAAAUCCCGUUUCACAGACAACCAUCUCCGUCCAGUUGAUGUUGAAGCAUGUCUUUCUCCUCGGGCAUUAGUAACCGAACUCUGGACGUGAUUCGACAAAGUGUCUUCUUGGACGAAUCCACACCCACAGCCACUUCCGUUGAACAGAGGGCCGUGGAGGCCAGUUGUUUGCGAUUGUACGAGUCGAGCCACAAAAGUUCAGCUCUUCCUAACCUAAGGCGUUCGGCUACCCAAAAGUUUUGCCGUCGUGGUUUGGAGGAAUUGAGCGAAGGCUAUGCGUGCCUUGAUGCCUCCAGGCCCUGGCUGAUCUAUUGGAUUUUGCAUUCAUUGGAACUUUGUGAUGCUCUCAUCGAGGAUGAGCUCAAAGAGCGAGUGAUCGAGUUUUUGGGAAGUUGCCAGAACCCUGAUGGAGGGUUCGGGGGCGGUCCAGGACAACUCUCUCAUCUGGCCCCAACGUAUGCCGCCGUGAAUGCGUUGGCCAUUAUUGGAACCCAACGGGCCUUUGAGGUGAUCAACCGACAGACUUUGGUCUCGUGGCUUAGUAGCCUUCGAAUGGAUGAUGGAAGUCUGGUAAUGCAUCAAGAUGGUGAGGUGGAUAUCCGAGGAUGCUAUUGUGCCUUAUCUGUGGCCAACUUGACCAAUGUCUACACGCCUGAUCUAUUUAAGAAUACGGAACAAUGGCUGAUCAGGUGUCAGACUUACGAAGGUGGGUUUGGUGGAGCCCCUGGAAUGGAAGCCCAUGGAGGUUACUCGUUCUGUGGGUUUGCCUCCUUAGUGUUUUUGGGCAAAGAACGCUUGUGUAAUGAAGAUCGAUUGUUACGAUGGGCUACUAGUCGACAAAUGCGACUUGAAGGUGGAUUUCAAGGACGUACCAACAAAUUGGUAGAUGGGUGCUAUUCAUUCUGGCAAGGAGGAGUCUUCCCAAUCCUUCACAAAGUACUCUCUAAAAGAGGAAUCCAAGUGCACCAGGAAAAGAGUCGUGACCAACCCCAAAGACAUCAACCCUUAGUGUCGCAACAUCGUUGGCUCUUCAACCAAGAGGCUCUUCAAGAAUAUUUGCUCAUAUGUUGUCAGGAAUCUCGUGGGGGCCUAAUUGAUAAGCCCGGAAAAUCCCGUGACUUCUACCAUACCUGCUACGGUUUGAGCGGACUUUCCAUGGCUCAACAUGGACCUAACAAUGGAGAAUCGACAAAUGAGUUAAUCCUUGGUGCCUCUGGAGACAAUAAACUGGUGGAGCUUCACCCUCUUUAUAACAUUGGAGCAACAUCGGCUCUCAAUGCAAGUGAAUAUUUCACAAAAUUGGAGAUACCUCAACCGCAAUAAGUCUGACAUUGUGUGAUUAUCCCUUCCGAAGACUCUGCCUCUGACUUUGAUAUGUAACGUGUGUAAAAACGAGUGAUCUCAAGCGAUUAAAAUGGAGAUGCUACAAAUACUAAUAUACCUGCUUUCAAUGA